UCUGCAGAGACAUGGAACAUAGGACAUAGUUAUGGCACAUGAAGACAAAAACACAUGAACAGGAUAGUAGCAUGGGCUAGACAGAUACAGACAACUAAAACAACAUUACAGACAGUGCUAACAAGACUUGGACAAUACAUGAACAAUCACUGAGUACAAGUGUAACUGUUGAGAAGGUACAGUUAGUAUGCCUUUUUGAAAUAUGUGAUGGAUGGUAGUGUUCUGAUGUGAUGGGGAAUGUUAUUCCAAAUGGUGUAUGUGUGAAUAAAGGAUACUGUAGCCCAUCGGCUCCUCUGCUGAGGGCAUGGAAGUUUCUGUUCACAUAACAGAUGGCCCGAGAGAACACUGAUAAGUAUUCAGUGUUUGUUCACACUGGUGGGUGUGUUUUACACCAAAAUAUGUAGGCAUGGUCGUUUCACUUGGCACACCGAGAAGACACUUAAACAAAGACAUGGGCAACACUCAGGUUCAGCCUUCUGAGGAAGCCUUCUGCGACCUGGACACACAUCGAGGUUUACCGGUGGUCCUGCUCUACGUGAUGCCGUCCUUCUUCCUGACGGUGCUGAUCCUCGGGCUUCCCCUCAACCUGCUCUCCCUCUGGGUUUUCCUCCACCGCCUACGGCGCUGGACCCGCAGCACGGUGUUCCUCUUCAACCUGACCCUGGCUGACACCUCGUGGCUGCUGGCCUUGCCUUACCUCAUCUACUACCACCUGGACCAGCUGUACUGGAAGCUGGGGCUGCCACUCUGCAUGGGUGUGAGGAUGUUCUACCACAACUACUUCUACCUCAGCAUCUUCUUCGUCACCUGCAUCAGUGUGGACCGAUACCUGGCCAUUGUGCACCCGCUGCGCUCACUGGUGCUGCUGGGCCGGAGGCAGACCUGCCUGCUGUGUGUGGCGGUAUGGGUGGCCACUCUGAUGCUCAGCAUACCUGUUGCCAAUAUGACUCUGAUCCAGACUUGCCCUGGGAGCAACCGCACCGUCUGUACCCUGUACAUACUGCUGAGUGAGACCGGGGAGAGCCUCCCCUUUUCCAUGUGUUGUUCCAUCAUCGGAUUCCUUUUCCCGCUGCUCUGCGUCUGCUACUGUGGCCUGCGCAGUGUCAGAGAGCUGCGCCACCGGCCCUGCCGCCCCGACCCGCACAACAAGCAACGGCGGCUCCGGCGGGCGCUGAGCGCAGCACUGGUUUUCUUUGCUUUGUUCUACCUGCCCUACCACCUGAGCCGCAACGCGGCCAUCGUGGUGCGGGCAGUCUACCCUGACAGCCCCGCCUCCUGGCAGCAUGCAGACCUGGCCUUCGCCUUGGAGAUGUGCUUCUGUAGCCUCUUCACCUGCGUGAACCCUCUGUUCAGCUGCUUCAUGGGCCGCCAGUUCAGAAAGGAGUUUUACGGCAUUUUUACUGUCAUGUUUUCCCAGUGUCCAGGCAUCCAGGUGGCGUCAAUGAUAUCUAAGCGGACCAGGAUGACGGUGAGGAAAAGACAGGGGAUGUCUACUGUCACACCUGUGUGCGCACUGCCUGCACCUGGAUCUUAAUGAGCUGAAUAAAUUUAGGCUAAAUCAACAAUGUUCUUUGUGCACAAUUAAACUGUAUAUAAAACUGUUUGUAUGCCCUUUGUUUUCUUUGAUUACUG